AUGCUCACCUUGGCCGGACCCCGCAGUCCGACUGAUAGCAAUGCAGCGCAACGCCACAACCCUUUCAAGAGCACAUCCUACGGGGCGGAUAGCCGCGAGCAGGGGCAUCCCGGCAAGCACGAGGCGGCCGAACACCCUCCCUCCGAUUCGGGCCGUGCCAGGGUGGCCGUUACACCCACAUCUCUGAAGGCCAAGCUGGGUGCCCUCAACGCCGGUGAUAGUAACGCCGUCUUCCCCUUCACCAAGAUGUUGCCCAAAGACACGGGCGGGGAAACGCAGAGAUUGGAGGAGCUGCGAAAAUACGCGCGGCGGGAGGGUGGAUAUUAA